AUGACCAAGUCCGUCGAAGAGUUUUCAACCAAACGCAUCGUCUUCGAAACGUCGGUUCCCGUGGACGAAGUGGUCGCGCGCCUCGACAAAGAGCUCAACAGCGACAAGGCCUGGCCACAUUUGUUCGAGCUCUUGGAGGGAGUGAAGACUAGGGAGGAGUUGGAACGGGGUUUCCUGAAAGUCAGCGAGGGAAGAGAUUUCGUGUACGUCCUCUUCGGGAAGUUACCGCUCCAUGAGUGGCGAAAUGCAUACCUCGGGGCCACCGAUGGCCCGAAAACAUACCAGUAUUCGUUUGGAAAUCCGCCUGUAGCGCAACCGAUGCUACAGCUGGAGCCCUACGCGACGUUACACGUCCCGCUGCGCAUGCUUGUCUUGGAGAAGGAAGAUAAGACUGGCACGGAGAUCGUCUACAUGCAGCCGUCGAUCAGCUUCGGUGCCCCAAGGAACGGCAAAGUUGACGAAGAGCUACGCGCUAUGGCAGAGGAAAUUGAUGACAAGGUAGAGAGUUUGGUCCGAAGAGUGAUUAGUGCUUGA